GCUGAAACCUGGCAGAGAGGCGCGUGUGGUUUGCUCAGAGCGGUUUCGGGAGUUGGGCGGAGGAGGUCCGAAUCGGGGCCGUAAAGGCUCAGCGGGGCAGGAUUUAUGAAUGGCCCGUCCAGGUUCUGCGGAGAAUUUCUCUGGUGAGCCUGCUGUCCUGCUGCUGAACUAACCAUCCGCUUGGAGCUCACGCACAUCUGCAAGCUUCUUCCAAGCUGAAGAAGGGGGAAGGCCAGAAGGAUGUCUGACGAGAGGCUUUUGAGCAUGGAUGAGGGAGCACUACGGAAACUGCUGGAAGCAACACUGGACCUGGCGGAACGGCGGCAGAUUCGUUCUGCCAUCCGGGAGUUACGGCGGCAGGAGCUGGAGCGUGAUGAAGAGGCGCUGGCAUCCAAGCGCUUCCGGACGGAGCGGCAGGAGAACAAAGAGAACUGGCUGAGGUCCCGGCAGCUGGAGGAGGAACAGCAGCGGCAGAAAUCCCUGGAUGUUCUCUCUGGGAAACUGGAAGCCAUCCAAGAUGUGGAGGAGCUGACAACCUUGCUGCGAGGAGCCAGUGAAUAUGAGGAGCGCAAGCUGAUCCGCGCUGCUAUCCGCAAACUGCGUGCUGAAGAAAUUGAAGCUGCAGCCUUAGCUGGGAAGGUUUUCUAUAACCGGAAGGAGAAGAAAGAGACGCUGGACUCCAAGGAGCAAGAGGGAAACUCUGCAGAUGGAGGCAUCUCUGAGGUGCAGGAGUUAGCAGAGCGGGAGCUGAUCAAGGCCCAGAUACGAGAACUCAGGAACGAGCAGCUCAGAGAAGCGAAGCAACCAACGGAUGUUCCAGACAUCUCCUCAGGGACCCUUCUGCUCCUGGAUCCAGUUUCCAACCAGCCUUCUCCGCUGCCAUCCUCCUCCUCCUUCUCGGAGCCAGGGUCAGACCCUGAGUCAAGCGCUGAGGGCCCCGAGCCCAGUUCCCAUGACGGCAGUUCUGACGCGGAAUCCCAGCCCCCUUCCAAGGAGGAGAGCCCUCUUAGUACCUCGGGAGAGGAGGACAGAGUAGCGUUGAAGUCACCAACCAGAGAAACCAGCAGUGAUACCAUGCAAGAACAGUCAGAUAUGCCAAGCGCUGAAAAAGAUGUCUGUCUGCCUGAAAAGCUCCACCCGAGUCUUCCGAGGGAGAGCACAGGCACUGAGGUUGUUCUCCGGGCUCCAGAGAAGGAAGCAAGUGCAGCCCACGCUCCAUCGCAUGAUGUCCCUGACCUCCGCAGCAGCACCACACAGACUACCCCGCAGACGAUUACCAUCACAGAUUCCCGACGGGAGCAGCCCUUCCAGAGGUCUGGCUCUGUGUGGGAACGUGCUCGCAAAUUCAGUUCGGAGCCCCCCAGUAAAACGGGCUCUUCUCUGGCCCCCCCAAAGGGGGAGAGUGCCAGCAGGGGCUCUCGUGUCCUGCAGCAGCAACAGCAGAUCUUGCACCCGCAGCACGGGACAGACUUACCCGGAGGAGUCCGUAGUGGUGGCGGUGGCAGCACGCUGCAGGAUGGCACCAGGCAAACAAGGGAAUCCAGCACUGGAACGGAGCAGGCAGCAAAGCUCACCUCCUCUCAAGCAAAAGCUGGGACAGUCAGGCCUUCUGCUCAGGGGCCGGCCAUCCCUAAAGAGGUGGGUGGCCCCAAGGGGAGGAGCUUCAGCAACCAAUGGCAGGGUGGCAAGCUGACACCUGCCCAGCAGCCAGUUGAAAAUGCCAAGGGGAGGUCUGCCGGCUCAGAGGAACCCCAUGGCCAGCCGUGCACCUCCUCCUGCAAGCCCCUGUCUUCCCUAGCGCACAACCCCAGCACUGACGACGCUAUGAAAACCCUUCUUACCAUUGAGAUCAAGGAUGGCCGCAAUCAGCCCAUCCAAGGCCACGUCGUGGGCACGCCGGGUAACCAGCGGGCAGAGAUAACAGUGGGGUUGAGGAGUGCCCCCAUCCGCAUCACCAGCGCCAGUAACGUCAGUAGUGCCAGCCAUGCCAUCAGCCAUCAGAAGAUGGAUGCCGAGCUGCUGGAGCAGCCCCAGGCAGCAGAGCCGGAGUUGUCCAAUGGCACGGUGAAGGAGAAGGUCCAGCCUCAGGAGGUUCAGCAGCGAGGUCGGCUGAGCGCUGAAGAGUUGAGCAAAAUUGAGGAGGAAGACGUGCUGGAUAAGAUGCUUGACCAGACCACGGACUUUGAGGAGCGGCGGUUAAUCCGAGCAGCUAUGCGGGAACUACGCCAGCGGAAGAGAGAGCAGCGAGAGAAGGAGCGGGACCGGAGGCUGCAGGAAUCCAAGACCAAGGGGGCCAGUCACACCACAGAGACCACCACUCGGCAGAGCGCCACGUCGGCCGACGGCUCAGCCGUCAGCAUGGUCACCAAGACCCAGCGCCUCAUUCAGUCCAAUGAUGGCAGCAAAAGUUCUCGCAUGACAACGAUGGAGGCAAGCUUCACAAAGAGAUCUGAAAAUGGCAACACCUUCGUCCAGACCAAGUCCUUCAGCGCAUCCUCCUCCAAGAAAGUGGGCAGCAUCUUUGAGCGAGAGGACGAGAGCCCCGGUCGUGCAAGUAGCUUGGCUGCUCUGGAGCGGCGCCAGGCCGAGAAGAAGAAGGAGUUGAUGAAGUCUCAGAGCUUGCCCAAGACUUCGGCUUCACAGGCACGCAAGGCCAUGAUUGAGAAGCUGGAGAAGGAGGGCGGGAGCCCGGCCAACCCAGCUGUCUCCCGGGUGGCUGUCCAGCGCUCCGCUAGCUUUGGGGUCCCCAAUGCCAACAGCAUCAAGCAAAUGCUUCUGGACUGGUGCCGUGCCAAGACCCGGGGCUAUGAACAUGUUGACAUCCAGAACUUCUCCUCGAGCUGGAGCGACGGCAUGGCCUUCUGUGCACUUGUCCACAAUUUUUUCCCCGAGGCCUUUGACUAUGCGCAGCUCUCGCCACAGGACCGACGGCACAACUUCGAGAUGGCCUUCUCGGCAGCAGAGAUGCUUGUGGACUGCGUGCCCUUGGUGGACGUAGAAGACAUGAUGAUCAUGGGGAAGCGUCCCGACGCAAAAUGCGUGUUCACAUACGUGCAGUCCCUCUACAAUCACCUGCGGCGCCAUGAGCUCCGGAUGCGGCAGCAACACUUCUAGCCUUCCUCCUACCCAUCUCACCCAUCACACACUCCUCCUCCUCCUCCUGGGAGCCACCCUGUGCCCAAAGCACCCAG